UAGUUUUAUAAGUUGAAUUAAUUUUCUUAUUCCUGGCUGGGAGAUAUUUCUGUGUAUUUUCUAUUCUUUAAAUCAAUUAUUUAACGAGGAGACUUCCUGCUUGUCAGUCGCCUACAUUACCCAGAGUUCCACACCACUGUUUGUCUCUUUCAGGACUACACCUCAGCCCCUCGUCUGCCCACCGUGUUAUUGUAGUGGUGAUAUCCCCUCUGUCAUUAUUGAUCUGCUCCGACAUGACUUUCACUUUUAGCGUAAUCUACGUGGUUCGCGGAGGAGAGGAGCAGUAACAUGAAAUGGAUGUCACCCGGGCCAGACCGUCCUUGUACGGAGAAAUCGCUCACGGCCUUGGAUUCUGGACGGACCGGUCAGCUGUGCAUGAGGCCGCCGCACAGGGCAGGGCGCUGCAGCUGCAGCAGCUGAUCGAGGGAGGUGCAGCAGUAAACAUCGUGGCUAUUGACUCUAUCACGCCGCUGCAUGAGGCAUGCAUACAGGGCCAGACCCAAUGUGUCCGACUGCUGCUGGGCGCUGGUGCACAGGUGGAUGCCCGCAACAUCGACGGUAGCACUCCACUGUGUGAUGCCUGUGCUGCUGGAAGCCUUGAAUGUGUCAAGCUAUUGUUGGAGUAUGGAGCCACAGUUAACCCUCAGCUGUUUACCUUCUCACCUCUUCACGAGGCGUGCAUGGGAGAUUGUGUUCAGCUCAUGAUUGAUCAAGGAGCUUUCAUGGAGGCCCACGACUGCCACUACGGGACACCGCUUCAUGUAGCCUGUGCCAGGCAACACUACGACUGCGCCAAAGUUCUCCUCAGUGCAGGGGCAAACGUUAAUGCUGCCAAGCUACAUGAGACUGCCCUUCAUCAUGCAGCCAAAGCAAAGAAUGUUGACUUAGUUGAGCUACUUGUGGAAUUUGGGGGGAACGUGUAUGCCAGGGACAACCUGAACAAAAAACCCAUCCACUACACCAGUCUGGGAUCUCCCUGUUACCUCUGCAUUGAGUUCUAUGAAAAUACUCCCCUCAGUCUCCAGCAGAUCAGCAGAGUGACAGUGAGGAGGACUCUCGGCACAAGAGCCCAUGAGGUGGUUUCCCAGCUGGGCCUGCCCAAUCGCAUCAUACGAUUUCUUUCUUACACACCACCUCCAGUUAUUGAACUUUUAUCACUUUGAGAAACUUGGGAUGCAGCUCUGAAGAGGUUAAAUACAGACCUGUUACGUGUGCUGUGGAUCUCUCUCUAAAGGAAGUCAUAUGACAGGAUGUUGGCGCUGGCUGAAGAGCAGCACAGAUGAAAUAUCUGAACACUGCCAGACUUGUAGGUGCAUAGAGAAGUCAUUAGGCUGUUGAUCCAUGCUAACUAUCAGUAAUAAUGUUACAUUAGCAGAUGUGUUAAUGGUAAAGGAAAGUAGAGCCAUGAUACACCAUCAGCUCAUCAAGAUCCAAUAUUAUGACAAAUCUGUAUGCAAACCACUGCCAACUAACACAAGAGACUCAACAUUCACACAAGUAAAAACCACACCCCUGCAUAUGAUAGGAGGGGAAGGAACAGUAUCCACGAGCUGAAAGUAUUUCUGCUCCACGUGCAGAAAUGUGGUUCCUCGCAACCUCUCAACAUCACCCGACGGUCGCUGACUCGUCAAGCUGAAUUUUUUUUCUUUGGAGGCGGGGACAGUGGCAGUUACUCACCUCCUUUGAUUGGUCACUUUCAAUACUCCAGUGAUCAGCCUAUCUCUGAUCUUCUAACGCCUCUCUUGGCGGCAGAAUCAUCAAUAAUACUGUAUGUCCGGGAAAUGUCGCAGUUUGAGAAAAAAGAGGUGCAAUGAGCAAGCCACUUCUAUAAUGCCCUUAACAUAAGUAAAUAGUGCAUAGACAAGAUGUAGACAGCAACGGUAUACAUGAACCACGAAUUUUACAGGUGCUGCAGAAAGGGCAGGGGGGAAGAUCAGCGAUAGGGUGGAGGCCUUGCGACCAAUCCAAGGAGGGGAGCAUCAGCCACUGUUCCCACAUCCACAGCGAAUUUCGAGACUAAAUUAACGCCUUAGCUACACUUAACAUUUCACUGGAGUCGAGUUAUCUGUCCACCAAGUUAAUGUGAAGUCUCAUACUUUUUCACCUUUCACCUCUAGUCUAACAACUCCUCACCACUUAUUUACAUCAAGUAUCAUGCUUGCCAAGUAGUUGUAAACUGGCUGCUAAUGGUGGUUUCGAGAGGUAAGGCCAGUUUAACGGCUGAAAGAUCAUAACAACUGGCCGGUAAAGGCCAUGCACACCAACGUCAGCUCUUCGUACUUGUUACGCCGGAACAAACUACACCUUUAAUAGAACACUGUGUUAACCUCAGAUCUGUCCCAUCAUAGAUCAGCUCACCUACAAACUAAGCUGUGUAAAAAUCAGCCACAACAAAGGAGCACAUGUUGGGCAGCUUUUGAUCUAAGUAUAUAAUAUUGCCUAAUGGAGGUUGAAGUAAAUCAACAUGUACUUGUCUUGCUCAUCAUGACCAAGUAAACUUGAAUGUAAGUCCACAUAGAUCCUGUAAAACUUUGUUCCACCUUAAGGGAACUUGAAGUGGUCUCACUAGGAUUGUAUUUAUUUGUAUAUAUUCAGGGAGUAUUUAUUUUUCAUGGAAAUUUGUAAAUAAUGUGGUUUUACCUUUAUUCAAUUUGUGUAAAUAAACAGAACAAAACUA